CCCUCCCCAUAAGGAGCGGCCCCUUUAAGAGGAAGAAGCGCAACGCGGGGCGCGGCCCCUUUAAGAGGAAGUAGCGCCGGCGGAGGGGGAAGGGAGCGCGGAGUUGUGCUGCGGCCGCACGAGGGGCAGAACGGAGGUCCCGCGUUGUUCCGCUCCAUUCGUUCUCCCAUUGGGCACGGAGCGCAACCGGGGUGAAGAGGAGGAAGAGGAGGAGGAAGAGGAGGGCGGCCUUCAUCCCCGCGCUGCUCCCUGGGAUUCGGGCUGGCAGUGGAUGAGCGGCAGCAGCAGGAGGAGGAGGAGGAGGAAGGCGGCGUUGUGACGGCAGGGAGCCGAGAUGUCUCACGCUUUGAAACAAGUCUUCAACAAGGACAAAACCUUCCGGCCCAAACGUAAAUUCGAGCCUGGCACUCAACGCUUCGAGCUGCACAAGAAGGCUCAGGCGUCGUUGAACGCGGGGCUGGACUUGAAGCUGGCGGUACAGCUGCCUCCUGGUGAGAGCAUCAAUGACUGGAUAGCUGUGCACGUGGUGGACUUCUUCAACCGCAUCAACCUCAUCUACGGCACCAUGUCAGAGUACUGCACGGAGAAGAGCUGCCCUAUCAUGUCGGGUGGGCUCAAGUAUGAGUACAGGUGGCAGGACGAGCAUAAGUACAGGAAACCCACGGCGCUGUCUGCCCCGCAGUACAUGAACCUGCUGAUGGAUUGGAUCGAGGUGCAGAUCAACAACGAGGACAUCUUCCCCACCAACGUCGGUACGCCCUUCCCCAGGAACUUCCUCCCCGUGGUGAAGAAAAUCCUCUCGCGGCUCUUCCGCGUCUUCGUCCACGUCUACAUCCAUCACUUCGACCGCAUCACGCAGAUGGGAUCGGAGGCUCAUGUCAAUACCUGCUAUAAACACUUCUAUUACUUCGUCAAGGAGUUCAACCUCAUCGACACCAAGGAGCUGGAGCCGCUGAAGGAGAUGACAGCGCAGAUGUGUCACUGAGGACCCCCCCGGCAGCUCCGCGGAGACGUUUCCUUUAGAGAAAUGGAUUUAUAUUUUUAAGGCAUUCCAAUGUAAUCAGUGCAGUAUUUUUAUAAGAGACGUUUCGGAUCCACUC